GGGGGUGAGGAAGCCCUAGGGCGCUGCCGCUGUUUUCCUUAACCACAAAUCAGGCGGGACAGGACAGGGAGGGGUAGGGGACAGUGGGUGGUCAUUCAGACUUCCAGCACUUUACUAUCAACAGCCAGGGCUCCCGAGCGGCGGAAAAUUCCGGCCACUCUCUGCAGCUUGGGUUGGGCGAAUCUAGGACGGUGCCGCGCCACCGCCAGGAUAUGGAGCUACUGUCGCCACCGCUCCGCGACGUAGACCUGACGGGCCCCGACGGCUCUCUCUGCUCCUUUGCCACAACGGACGACUUCUAUGACGACCCGUGUUUCGACUCCCCCGACCUGCGCUUCUUCGAAGACCUGGACCCGCGCCUGAUGCACGUGGGCGCGCUCCUGAAACCCGAAGAGCACUCGCACUUCCCCGGGGCUGUGCACCCAGCCCCGGGCGCGCGUGAGGACGAACAUGUGCGCGCGCCCAGCGGGCACCACCAGGCGGGCCGCUGCCUACUGUGGGCCUGCAAGGCGUGCAAGCGCAAGACCACCAACGCCGACCGCCGCAAGGCCGCAACCAUGCGCGAGCGGCGCCGCCUGAGCAAAGUAAAUGAGGCCUUUGAGACGCUGAAGCGCUGCACGUCUAGCAACCCGAACCAGCGGUUGCCCAAGGUGGAGAUCCUGCGCAACGCUAUCCGCUAUAUCGAGGGCCUGCAGGCUUUGCUGCGCGACCAGGACGCCGCGCCCCCUGGCGCCGCCGCCGCCUUCUAUGCGCCGGGCCCGCUGCCCCCAGGCCGCGGCGGCGAGCACUACAGUGGCGACUCCGACGCGUCCAGCCCGCGCUCCAACUGCUCCGACGGCAUGAUGGACUACAGCGGCCCCCCGAGCGGCGCCCGGCGGCGGAACUGCUACGAAGGCGCCUACUACAGCGAGGCGCCCAGCGGUGGAACCCAGGCCCGGGAAGAGUGCGGCGGUGUCGAGCCUAGACUGCCUGUCCAGCAUUGUGGAGCGCAUCUCCACCGAGAGCCCUGCGGCGCCCGCGCUCCUGCUGGCCGACGUGCCUCCGGAGUCGCCUCCGAGCGGGCAAGAGGCUGCUGCCUCCAGCGAGGGAGAGAGCGGCGACCCCACCCAGUCCCCGGACGCCGCCCCGCAGUGCCCUGCGGGUGCGAACCCCAACCCGAUCUACCAGGUGCUCUGAGGGGCGGGUGGCCGCCCACCCGCCCGAGGGAUGGUGCCCCUAGGGUCCCUCGCGCCCAAAAGAUUGAACUUAAAUGCCCCCCUCCCAACAGCGCUUUAAAAGCGACCCCUCUUGAGGUGGGAGAGGCGGGAGAACUGAAGUUUCCGCCUCCCGCCACCCAGGGCAAGGACUCAGCGCGGUUUUUUCCACGCAGCACCCUUCCCGGAGAUUCAUUGCGAUGGCCGCUCCGUGUUCCUCGGUGGGCCAGAGCUGACCCUUGAGGGGCCAAGUUCAGCUUUCUCGCGCCCCCCCCCCCCAUGGGGGUGAAACCCUCCCAGACCUAAGCCCUGCACCGGGAUGCACCGGUAAUUUGGGGGGCGUGAGGCCCAGGUGCACUCCUGUCCCAAAUGCAGCAGGUGUAACCGUAACCCACUCCCAACCCGUUCCCCGGUUCAGGACCACUUUUUAUAAUACUUUUGUAAUCUAUUCCUGUAAAUAAGAGUUGCUUUGCCAGAGCAGGAGCCCCUGGGGCUGUAUUUAUCUCUGAGGCAUGGUGUGUGGUGCUACAGGGAAUUUGUACGUUUAUACCGCAGGCGGGCGAGCCGCGGGCGCUCGCUCAGGUGUUCAAAAUAAAGGCGCUAAUUUAUACCGC